UCCAUAACGAUCCAGCACUCCAACUUUAUGAAUCACACACAGGAAAGGACCUUCUGCCAAAUGAAAAAGAACACAGGCCGGGAUUAAAACAGCAUUCUGGUAAAGUAUCUGAAAGCGUUCUGCAAUGAACACAUCAAACUCUAUUUUUGUGUGGAUUGUAUUUCUGGAAGUUCUGAUCAGCACAGUCCUGUGUCAAGGUGAAGAGAGCAUUAUUACAGUAUGUCAAGAGGAAGAUACUGACCUCAGAGUCAACUGCCUUCUGGAGCCCAAAGCCAACUACCACACAGACUUUGAGUUCUCCAUGUCCAAAGGCAACAAGGAGAUGAUCAUAAACACUAACAUCUCUGGUAUUAUGCCUGAACCCAAAUUCAGACACAACACAUUUGUGACAGAGAUUGAACCCUAUGGAUUCAGACUGACCAUGAUGGGCUUCACCAUCACGGAGAACACUACUUUCAUUUGCAAAGUAACCAAGACCCAGAAGACUCUGUUUGUUGAAUUGGACACCAUCGAGCCCUGCUCUGCCAUCAGUGUGUUUCUGCUGGGUUAUCCCUGGAUCAGUCUUCUAAUUCCUCUGUGCAUCAUGUGGGAAGACUUCUGAGAAAUAGCAGCGUAUACAUUACAUAACAUUACAGUCUAAAUAAAAAGGGGAAAACAUUUCUGUACAGUUCUUAGCAGGGCCGGAUUUAGGAGGGUGGGGGCCCCUGGGCUUGAGUUGUUUUCGGGUCCCCCGUACUAUUUAAAAUCAUGUGUUUGUUAGCAUUAGUAAAUGUUUUUUCUCUCCAAUGACUAACAAUAACACGUGUUCAUUGGUUUACACGUUUAUAAUGCUUGUUUUGACAGUGGGAGCCACAAGUGGUGCGUUUAUAGCAUGUAGGAAGUUUCAAACAUACUUAAAUGUAAAAUCCAAUCAACAUUAAUAAUCAACAUUAUUAGUCCCCUUGAUAUUGUAUAGUUUUUGACAUAAUCAUACAGCCCUACCAUUAUGUAUUUUAAAAUUAAAUUUAUUGAUCCAUAAUAAGAAAACUACUAAAAAGGAACAAAUGUGUGUGUUCUCCCUGUAUUUCUCGAGGAUGUUGAGAGAUUAUACGUCUUGGAUCUAAAAUUUGAGAACACCUGCAUUAACAUGAAACCAACAAUGAGCAAUACAGUUGUCAGCAUUUAUUAAUCUUGUUUAUUGUUAGUUAAUGCCAAAUACAAUUGUUCAUGUUAGUUCAGGUGCAUGUUUUUAAAAAUAUUAGUAAAUACUGAAAAUAAAGAUUAACAAAUGCAGACAUGUAAUCUAAUGCUUAACUAAUGUUAACAAAUGCAACGGUGUAAAGUGUUAAAAAUAUAUUAGUAUUCUAUUGCAAUUCCAUCAGUAAAGCAUAUGACAGAUCUAUGAGUUUGAAAUGCACAUUAAAAUUGUAUUCAUAUAAUGAGAUGAAACGUCUUAUUAUGGCUUAAAUAGUUUCAUAAUAAUGAGAUGGGUCCAUAGUUUUGUAAAGUCUAGUUAACUGAGGUUGUGCAGGGCAAAUAGGGCACCCCUCUGUUAUAAAUCGUUUUAAUUACUUUAUGACUAACAUAACAUCAUUUUAAUGUCAAAUUCUUAAAUGUAAAUCUAAGAGACAGUUUAAUGCAGCUCACAGGCCAUGAAUCCAUGAAUGGUAUAUCUGCAAGGUAUCAUCUUAAUUUAGCAUUUACAUUUUGCCAGAGAUCUCAACGUCAGACAUGAAAUAACUAUCUAAACGCAGUUUGUAAAAGCACGAGCAGUUUGUCCCUUCACGCGUCCCGUAGUUCGGUUGUUUUAACUUUGUUUAUUAGUUAGCAGAAUGUUUUCAUUUUUUAUUUACAUGGAUGGAUUUAACAGUGUUUGCAUAUUAUUUACAAGAACCGCUUAUGGCCACAGAACGGGAAA